CUGCGAUGAAGUUAACACAUUGCUCAUUGCACAUGCAUCGCUAUUCUGGUUCGAGGGUAGGGUUGCCGACCAUUGGAUGGUGCCAUGAUUACCAUCUCCGACUCAGAAGAUGAAUUGCCUACCUGGGGGCCAAAGGCGCCGCAGAAACGAAAGACUCCAGGAAGCGCCGCCAUUCCCAGAAAAAAGGAACCCAAGGAACCUAAGGAACCUGACGAACCUGAAAUCUCCACAAUUGAAACCGAGGGGACUCAGGAAGAGGGCGGCCGAAAGCGCUCAAAACGUCGGAAACCGCAAUCUGAAACGCAGAAUAGCUCAGAUAGCUCCAUGCCCAAUCAAGCAUGGACUUGUGGCCUGCCUUGUCAAAUUUGUGACAAAUUGAUCUCACCGCGGGACUUCCUGGCACAUUCAAGGCAACACACCCUGAUUCCUUGUGAGCUUUGCGGCGAGAUGUUGGAUCCCAGCGACUUCUUGGAACACAUGAAUGAUCACGAGAAGACCAAGCAAGCUCUACCAUCUCCUGAAUUGCCGUGCGAAGUCUGUGGAGAUCUCUUUAUGCCGUCAGAAUAUUUGCAGCACUUGCAGGAACAUGAACUGGCCAUAGCUAAGGCGAAGACCGAAGACUUGCCGGAGUGUGAAACUCCAGUUUCAAUGGCAGCUCGUUGGGUGGAGCAGUUGAGAUGUGAUGCCGACACUCAGAAUUUGUUGUCAAGCUGCAUUGUUAACUUUGAUCUUGCUGUGAGUUUUGCAGAAAGGGCACUUCGAGAAAAGUCUCGCUUAGUACCACGGCUGGCAGGCCCAUGGGUUGUAUAUCAUUGGACGCCUUCCAAGAACUUCAAGAACAUCAUUUACACCAACCUGCAGGUACCGGACCAGAAGCAUAUCUUGAACCAAACAGACGAUGGUUUCUACGGGGCUGGGAUUUACACUUCGCCCAGUUUCCUGUCGUUUGAGGACUACGCGCAUGGACGUGGAGGGUGCUUUCUAUGUCUGGGCCUACCCGGACGUCAAUAUCGAGCCAAUGAGAGGCAGGAUCGAGGCCGCCCGUGCAGACCUAACUAUGAAACGCACACCUCCCCAAAUCGGGAAGAGUGGGUCUUUUUUGCGUCGGAUCAACUUCUGCCUUGCUUUUUGAUUGACAGAGCUACACAGCCAAGGGCGCUGCACACUGUACAGCUGCUGGAAGCCUCGAUUCGGAAAGACUUGGGGCUGCCACAAAUGCAACAGGAUCCCUAGGCGUCAGCAUGACCAGAUCUUGUGUUGGAGUGCAAGACUUGAUGCGAGCUGGCAAAGCUGAGUCGCUGCCAAAA